CCUGAGAUGUGUGCUGCAGCCUCAUUUGGCUCCGGUUCAAUGGCAUGAGAAUAAAAGAUUUUCUUGUCUCUGUCUUUUCAGGUCAGGACUGUGCCCCUCUGCCUGCACAAUGCCUUCAUGUUGACCACCCUGCUUGGCUGAAGGAGAUGCAAAGUGGGAGAAGCAGAGGGUUCAGGCAUGAUGUCUGUCUGUCUGUCAGCUCCCUUCAGAAAGGCCCUGCUGGCUCCUGAUUUGCCUGACCAAUCUCUUGCAUCCCGGGCUGCUCUGCAGACAGGUGCAGUGCUGUGUUGGGUGAGGAUUGUCCCUGAUGCCCUCAGCCUGCUGUGUUGGAGCUGUACCCAGGGCAGGGGAACACUUGGGAGAAGCACCUUUCUGAUAGAAGGUAUUAAGAGAAAUCCUGUGUUUCCAGAUAAGGACAUGCUGGAUUUACAGUUGCCUACCACUGUUAAUGCAUCCUCGUCUAUGUGGUCGUGUGAAGGUUGCUGUGCCAUUGACCAGAGGGAGACCAGACCCAUACAGCUUUCUUAGAGCUGCUGGAGAGACUCAAAAUGGGGUGAUGGCCCCAUGCUCCUUCCUGGAGUCUCCUCUUCUUCAAGCGAUGUACCCAAGAUGGGCUCCAGACCGGUUUCUCUCUCAAUCCAGCACGCUGUCUGCCUGCAGUGCUUUCCCCUGGAGCAUCCUUGAGCCUGUCCAGAAACAACAAGUGAAGGAUGAAAAAUCAGAGUAAUGGCCAAGGAGACGACAUCCACUUGACUUCUCUUGCCUGUGGUGUGAGCGAUUAAUCUAGCUAAGGCAUUGCCUUAGCUAUGUGGAGUGAGACCAGGAGCAGGAGGAUGGCGCUGCACCGGCAGCAGCAAGCAGGACCAGGCAUCUUCCUCUGCCAUGCUGCCCUGACCUUUGCGGUGAGGUUGUGCAUGGAGAAAUGUGCUGAACCACCCCAUUGCCAUGGAAACCAAGGCCAAGAGGGGACCAGCCUGCUCCUCUUAAUUGCUGCGGCUUUGUGACCCUAUCCGUCCAUCCUGCUGCAUCCUCACCUCUGAAGCCUCAUCCUUGGAUGUCCCCAGCUGCUGGGAAGGUGAAGGGACCCAGUGAUGGGGGAAGCUUCUCAAUGGGAAAACUUCCCAUGAAAUGGACGUUUCCAAUGGGAAAGAUGAAUGCUGGCCUGGCAGGGGUGGAUCCAAGAUGUGCUGCAUCCUCAGUGUACAGCCAAAAUCCCCCCACCGCUGCCUGGGACUGGUUUAGCUCGCAGAGGGAAUAAUUGGAAACCUGCCUGUCUGGGAGAUGCAUCAAGGUGGAUAUGGGGAAGCUUGGUGCAAAAGCGGGCUGCUGGCGAGCCUUCACCUGUGGGGAGCAAAGUGGGGACAGAGCACAUGGCUCUCCGAGACACAACAGGGAGCGGCGUAUCCAUCCAAGGUCACCGUCCCUUGUGCUGCGAGAGACAAAUCCCCUCCAAGGGUCGAGAGCUCCGGGAUGCUUCCUGAGCGGCCGAAAUGGGCCCCACGAGGACCAUCCUGGUGCUCCCAGCCAAGGAUGCUCUUGGUCCAGGGAUGCUCCCAGCGGAGCAGCUGUGGGAGGCGGCACCGGGGAGGGGACAAGAGCGGGCCCGGCCCCAUUCCCCGCCUCGCUGCCACAAAACGGGAGCCGGGAUCUGGCUCGGCUUCACACGCUCCCCUCCAACCCUACCCGAACCGGGAUAUCCCCCGUUAAACCUUGGACUGAACCCAAGCCGGCACCGAACCGAGCCGUGCGCGGUCGGGAGGGAUGUAGCGAUCAGCACCGCGGAGAGCGGCCGUGCCGAGCAGUGCCGGGGCCAUGGCCAGCGUGCAGCAGGGCGAGAAGCAGCUCUUCGAGAAGUUCUGGCGAGGGACCUUCAAAGCCGUGGCCACACCGCGACCAGAGAGCAUCAUCGUGGCCAGCAUCACCGCCCGCAAACCGCUGCCCAGUGGGACGCUCAGCUGCCUGCCAUACUCUGCCGAGGAUCGGCGUCCUGAGAAGCUGAGCAGCUGUGUGUCCAAGGAGACCUCCACCACCAAUGGCUGGGCAAGAGGGAAGGAGAGACGCAACCCUGCUCUGCACAGGUCACGCAGCCCAUCGUGUGAUGGUGAACGUGCACCACCGCCGGCCCGGGGGAAGAAGAAGAAGAAGAAAUCCAGCCGCAAGAAGCGACGGAGGUCUCCUUCCUACAGCCCCUCGCCUGUGAAGAAGAAGAAAAAGAAGAGCUCCAAGAAACGAAAAAGAAACAGGUUAUCCUCAAAGAAGAGAAGACACAGUUCCUCAAGCCCCAAAAGUAAGAGAAAGGAAGAAAGAAAACACAAAAAACACUCUCGUGGGCGCACCCGGAAAGCUCACCGCCACCGCCGCUGCCACUCUCGCUCAGAGAGCUCUGACUCCUAUUCCCCGAGCUGCAGGAGCAGGCGCAGAGCCAGGUCUCGGGAGGAAGGGCGUAAAGCACGGCGGAGACGCUCCCAGCACCAUGCAAAAGUCCCAGCAAAGAGAAGCUCCUCUGCAGAGGUUCAGGCCAGCCAAACCCUCCCACUGCACAGCUUCCUGUCUUCUAAGGAAGUCAUCUCUCAGUCAGGGUCUUCUGCUGACCUCUUUACCAAAACAGACAGCCCGCCUGGCCACCUAGCCAGCCAGAACGGAGAGUGUCAUGAAUAUGACUCAGGAAACGACACUUCUUCCCCUCCCUCCACUCAAACGAGCUCAUCCAGGUCAAAGGACAGCCAGGAGAAACGAAGCAUAGCCCACGAUGGCUUUGGCCCUGCCUUCUCAUCUGGGAAGCCCAAAGUGGCCAACGGUGAUAACAGCUCUGAUUCAGGAAAUUCAUUCACCAGUUGCUUUUCCCAGACCAAGGCAACAGCUUCGGAAAAUCUGUCUCCUGAUGCCCAAGGACAAGACCAAAGAGGAUGCCUGUCCUCGUGUCCCAGCUGUUCGGAGGAGAAGAAGCGCAGUGUUCCCCCAUCACCAGCCCGCAGCUCACCACUCAGGCCAUGUCCCCGCAGCGAGUCGUGCAGCAGCACAGGACGGUCCUCCCCUGGCUCCAGCCGCUCCUGCUCCUCACCCCGCAGGGCCUCCCCCAGGUACUCCCGCAGCAGGUCCUGCUCUUCAGGGAAGAGCCCCAGGUCUUCUUCACGGUCCCCCAGCUAUUCCUCCAAAUCCUGCAAAAAAAGCCCUGGAAGCAGGAGCUCAAAGACUCGCCGGAGCCCCAGUUACUCCCACUACAGCCCUACGAGGGACCGUGAGCACAAGCACAGCUCCAGUGAGAAGGAGUCACACCGGCAGCGGGACCGGCAGCGCCGGCGCUCCUAUUCCCCCCUAAGGAAGCGCAGGAGGGACUCCCCCAGCCACCUGGAGGCCCGGCGCAUCACCAGCGCCCGCAAACGCCCCAUCCCCUACUACAGGCCCAGCCCGUCCUCCUCCAGCAGCGCCAGCAGCUAUUCCUCCUGGUACAGCAGCCUCAGCCGCUCACCAAGCCGGAGCCGGAGCUACUCCAGCCACCGGACCAGCCGCAGCCGCAGCUGGAGCAGCAGCAGCACAGAGGGCAGGAGCCGCAGCAGGAGCUCAGACCCCAGGAGCAGCCGCAGCAGGAGCAGGAGCUGUGACUCAGGAGGCAGCUCCGACAGCCUGCGUCGCUAAGGAGUGCCGCCGGCGUCACUGAAUUCCUUGCGUUCUCCGCAUCCUUCCCACCUAUUUGGCCAUCGAUCGCAAUCAUCCCCAAUACUGAUGCGACAGCAGCACCAGGUCCCCUUUUCUCAUUAAGGAUGGAGUAAGAGCUCCAGAAUGGCCCCUCUGCUGCCUUGCAGGGAGGGUGGAUCUGUGCAGCUCCUAAAGCCAGAGCUGGAAGUGGGGCCAGUGCCCUACAGAGGCUCUGCAGACCCUACAGGGUCCAUCCUCCUGACACCCCCAUUGCUGCCACUCUCCGACAGCUGACAGCUGCUCCAAAGGAAGAAGUUUGUCUCUUUGCUCUUCUCUUGCCAAAGCAGGAGCCGGUGAAUUAAUUCCCUCCGGAAGAAGAGACACAUUUAGGGAGGAAUUUGCUGGGAAGCUUUGGUGAUGAGUGGACGUGACCCAUCCUCCUCAAGGCAAAUAUCAGGUCCCUGAUAUUGGAUCUCUCCUCCCCAGUUUCUGCCCACUCUGCAGCAGGUCUCUGCCAUGAGCGUUCUUAUUUAUUGCCAUACGCCCAACUCUGCUAUAAAUAGAAGGCUACAAAUCCCCCCAUGACAUUAAUUUCUGGGGGGGGAAAAAGGCUAUUCCCUCUAACAUGGUGUUACACAUCCAGCUUUCACAGGGCUGUUUUAUUCCCCUCCAGCAGCGUGAAUGCUGAGACACAGCAGUGGGGAGUCAGUGCUGCAGUGUGAGCUGGGGCUGCACGGCUCACAUCUCAGAGACCCCCCCCCCCCGCCAAAAAUGCCUGUUUUUUCCCAGGAUCUGGGAGGGCCCUGCCUGCCUGGGCGGCCCUGCGGUUUUGUCUCCCUGCCAGGCUUGCCAGCCCAGCUGCCUGCGCAAUUACUGUGUUUUGCAGAGCAACAAAGGCUUCUCCUAGCACGGGCUGAGCCGGUGCUGAGGAUUUUCUCUUACAACACCUGGGUGCUUAGAGACGCUAAUUUAGGUCUAAGACUUCCCUCCCUCCCUUUUUCCAUCCCCUCCCCUUCCAUCCUGCCUGAUCAUUAACGAGUUUGGGCUUAAUGAGUCAAGGAGGUGUGUCAUUGAAGUGUCACAGGAAAGGGCUAAGGGCAGCCAGCAUCUGCCGGAGGGGGAGAGGGGUGGAAGGAAAGGCAAACCCACAGCCAGAGAGUUACCCACGGCCUCCACUGGCACCAGGUAAAGCUGUGAGCAGGGGAAGGUCAAACACAACCUGGAUGAUUGCCUUAUCGAGCACGUAAACGUGUUAUCAGUUGGAAAACAUAGCAGAAAGGGUUAUACUUCUACGUAGCUGAUGCAAGGGGAAAUUUGAUAACAGGGGCCCUUUUCCCCCAUCUCUUUCUCCCUGCAAACCCCUCAGGCAGUGGCUGAGAAUUACAGACAAGGUGUUCUUGCAGCGGGUGCUGCUGCCUUCCCCCACCCCAGCCCCACAGCAGCCCCUGGCUCCUCUGGUGGGGAGCACCCUUCUUGCAAGGGGCUGAGAACCCCAUGCUUCUUCCUUAGAGAGUCCCUCCCAGUUUGGCAUUGUCUCCCCGUAGCACUCCUUGAAAGGUCUGAACUCAGCAACCAGAGGCCAAAUCCUAAAUCUGUCGGUCUCGUCCUGCCCCUCUGUGCCCCCAAAUGCCGGCAUGCACCUGCAGCAGCGAGCCAGAUGGGCAACAGCUGGGAAAGCAAAGAGCUUUGUGCAAGCGGUAUAAACAGCCCAGCUACACCGAGCCGAGUUCCUUAUGGGAAAGAGAACAAACACAGUGCUGGAGGCAGCAGCGCACACUGGCUAUGGGACAAGAGGUGCCACGUGGCUCUGGUACCCACCCGCCUGCACGGCUGGCGGCAGCUGAAGGCUCUCCAGCAUCAGAGCAAAACCUCCUUAUUUAUUUAUUAUUUAUUGACGCAUUUAUUUAUUAUCGGUCGCUUUCUGUUUCUAAUCGGGACAGACGCGAGCGGUUGCCGUUGGCAGUAUUUAUUUAUUUAUUCUGGAGGGCAAAGGAAGGAGUGAGGAGUUACUGGGGCUCAGUGUGCUUGUUUGGGUCCCUCCCCAAUAGUGCAUGGAGUUUCCCAGUGCUGGCCCAGCACUGGCGGGAGGAACGACUUCCCCGCGUUGUUUUGCAUUGUGAUCCACCCAUGGAAAAUCUGAGGUUGGGCCGUGAGAGCACGGGAGGUGCCUGCAGAUCCAGCCCAGUGACAGCACUAACUGCGUCUGUGUGUAUGUGUGUGUGUGCGUAUGUUUCCUCAGUGGUAUUUAUCUCUUUGUUUUUUAACUUAUUUAAGGUUUUCGGUACAAUGUGGACCACCACCCAUCCCAUCAGUGGGUUUUCUGUCACUCUGCCAGAAGCCUGUGAGCUUUUCUGUCUCUGUGCCUUUUGCCAGUGCUUCUUUUGUUGCGUGUUCACUCGCUCAUUGCUUCUAUGGGAUUUUUGCUCCAUGACCAGAGACUCAGGUUGCUGUUGUUUGCAAGGAGCAGCUUCCACCCUGGGGCAGCUCUGCCCUUUGGGUGCACACAGAUCACUGCUCAUUGGCAGUGGGGCUGCCCAUGUCCUCACCAUGAGCUGAUGGCUUUGGAGCAGCGUCUCAGUUGCCUCUCAGAAGCACCAUCUCAGAGGGUUUUCUUUCCUCAUCCUUCCUGCUCAUUAUGUUGUUUCCAUCCCAAACGCCCCUGUUGCCUUUCCACAGCAGAGCACAAGGCACAGUGUCCAUCUGGGAUGCUCACUCCACUCACUCAACCCCCAGGCUCCCUCCUCUCCCACCUCACACACCAGAUCAGGCUCCAGCAAACCCAGCCCAGACCCUGAAGUUUUGCUGCAGAGUGCAGUGGAAGGAUAUUCCAAUGCCCUGUCGUGUCAUUCUAUUUUGUCAUGGGUUGCGGCGCUCAGCUGUGCUCUGCUUUAUGUUGACUGUAACUUUUCUCAAUGUUUCUGUUGUUUUGGGUGACUGAAGUUGUACCAAACCUAUCCGCAAUGGCCAAUCAAUGUUAUUUUGCUAUGCAUUGUACAUAGAUCAAAAAGGCUGAGAGGACUUGGCCUCUUAUUUAAUAUUUAUUUCUCCUAUUUAUUGAGCAUUACUUAGGAAAUCUGUUUGGGUCUCACCGUUGGGUGAAAGGGAAAAUUUUAGGUGCCAGACUGAAGUCCUUAAUGUCCAGCAGGGUUGUGUUACCUGUGUGAUAGAGGGUGAGCAAACCCCGUGACUUUCACUGCUACCUGGAAGUCCGUGUGUGACCAGGAGGGUCACUGAAGCACUGCAGCAUCCACUGCUGUAGCAACAGCUCCGUGGUAAAGCAGCCCAGAUUUGGGGCUAUUGUAGAGAACAGCACCUUGAGCCCUAUCCAGGGAAUGGAGAGAUUUAGAACAAAAGCCCAGACAGGAGAAAAGCUGCCAGGGAAACCAAAUCCCUGUUUUCUCUGUUGGUCAGUUCCUUACCAAAUCACACAUCUGAUCAUUCGACUUCACUGUAAAACUACCUUUGCUCUCCAUGGAAAUGCAUACUGUAUUCUUUAGUCUUCCUGGGGUAUUUCAGUUAGCCUGUUUAGAAAAGGGUUCCAAUAAAAGUUCAGAUGAUAUCUGGUUCA